AUGCUUCAUUUGAUAUCCCACCACAAUAGAAACCAACAUGGAAAAGCAAAAUGGUGGAAAUGGCUCUCUAUCUUGAAGCGAGCUGUUCGGAAUCUCGCUCUGUCAUUAAGCCCAGAAGACCAAGAAAUUUCUCGUUCCUCCGGCGAAACUUAUAAACGUUAUUUGGCAGAUCGGAUUUUGCCAAGAUGUUACUUGGCCUUUUCGGUAGUUGUAGCAGAUGUUCAGUUCUCUACGCUCGGCACUGUGCUCCUCGCUACUCUUGCGCAGCUUUCGAAGUCAACGGGAGCUGAUAAGGAACUCAAAUUGCAAUUCCCGGUAGAAAACAACCGUGAAUCCGUACCCACGUUCUACAGAAAUCUUCCGAAGAUGAUAGAGGACAUUGGGGAAGCCUUGCCACGGACACUGGGGGAUCUAGAAGCUGUCCAAGGCUUUGAAAUGAAGCAGACUCUUCAACGGCCGAUUUUGGGAGAGAUACCCCCAACCAAGACUAGCGAAUUCGGUGACUCCAAGAUUUUGGUCACGGCGAAAUCAAGGAAGAAGAAGAAACAGAAGAAGAAUGCGAUAGAUGACCUUUUUGACGGGCUUUGUGAUACCUAA